AAGAGGAGUAGGCGGCAGCAUCAUCAGUGGAAGAUUAGUUUUGGACAUUAUUUAUUAGGAAUGACUUACAGCAAGAUGGGAGCCGUACAUACAAUAGAAUCAAUCACAAGGCAUAAGUUGCAAAAAAAUUUCUUCUAAUUCCCACAGCUCGUUGGUUCAUCAUAAAAAAAUAUUUAGUAUAUUCCGUAUUCCAAAAAAUAAAGUUUGGAAAGAAUGUGGAAAUAAGGGCGUUCCUUGAUUUAGGAACAUUGUGAUAAAGAUUAGCUAUUAAUUUGGCAGUUCAAUAAUUUCUAUUUCUAAAAUAGCAUAUUCUGUGUUUUCCAUGGUUAACAUGAGAUGUUCGGUUGUUUUUGUAUUUGUUGUAAUUGUAAGUGAUUUAGUCCGGUGAACAUUGAGGUUAUCUAACAAAGUGAGAGACAGGAAAAAGGAAUCGUUAUUAUCAUUUUGUCUCUAAAUACCCCCAAAAAUUAAAAUCUGACCGUUGCUGGCUGUGCGUAUCAUUCGACUGUGCUUCACGACAACGUGAUAUAGUGAUUUCUCCAAAACAAUACACAUCUUUUGCUGUACUCAUCACAAGAAACUACAGAGAGCCAACAAAUGGACGAGCGGGAGGAGAUCCAACAGAACAAUAUGAUAUCGAACUUGCCGCUGCUUUUUGCAAACGGCUACCCGACAUCAUUGGAUAAAAUCACAGAGUCUCAGUUAGAAAAAUUUAUACCAUUUAUGGUGCAAUGUUCCUUGGGCCACAUCAAUUUGCAAGGUCAGGUGGAGUGCAGCGAACCAGAAUGGUGGCCCGAAGACUUGCCGUUUUGUAUUCCACUACGGAAGCCGAAGACAUUUCACGGCAAUUGGGUUGGGAAAUUGAAAGAAGUAGUUCUGAUAUGUUACCAAUUCCACAAAAGUGUUUUUCUGCUGAGAUUUUGCAAUGACUUGUCCUCCUAUGAACACGCAAGCCUUCGCUUCAUCAACAAUUACAAUUCCACGACGUCACUAUUCGAUCGCAGGAGCAACAAACUAUUGGUAACGUUUCGCAAUGAAAACAUGUCCUACGACCAGCCGCAGAGGCUCAGGAAGUGUCUACUCCAGCAAAAGUCGAAAAAUGGUCUCUCAGCAGUAAACUCGUUGCAGCAGAUGGUGGAACCUGCCCCCUUUGACAUAUAUCUUUGUGAUAAUUGUGACGCAGAACUCUAUUCUAAGGAAGCAAUUUUGGUCCACGAGAAGACCUGCAGUGUAGAGGACGAUGAUGACGUCAUCCUUUGUGACACUCCAGAGCCUGAACCCGAAUGUAGCAAUACACUGGAAGACAACGAACAGCGCAUCGGAUUCUUACUAAACUUUAACCUGCAAUGCCGAACAGCCAAAAAUCCAAUAGAACCCGUACAGACAACUAAAGAAAUAGAAACGCCAUGCAAUGGAACCCCAACUGAAAACCUGAAGGUGGAUAGCCGAUUUAAAAUUGUAGAUAAGAAAAAAAGGAUAUCGCGACGAAGUCGGGCUGUGCAUUCAGUAUGGCGUUGUCCCACAAUUCCCCUUUCUUCGCCUGCCGGUCAGCUUCUAUUGCGAUCAACAAAAACUUCCAUUACACCUGAAUAUCUCAGCGAACGCCUGGAUCGAAUAGAACGAUUCUGCCAGGCGCCACUAUUGUCUAAAUUGACGACACGACCCAAGUUUUUGGAGAAAAAGCAGUCCACUUCCACGCCACAUUGUAGUUUUAAAAAGCCACAAGAUUAUAGUACCCAUCUAUAUAUAUUUCCUCGUCGCCAGUUCUCUCAAAAGCGACGAACCGAAAAUGUAUUACUCUUCAACUCAAAUCUGCUGAGACGCUGCAAGCCAAUAUCGGUGCGUUUGAAAAAGAUAAACGAAGCGCAACAGAGUAACCCAAGCACCAAACUUAACAUUAAACUGACACGGGACAACUGCCGCAGUUCAAACUGGAAAAUAUCAUCGUGUCCAUCGGCGGAAAUUAUCGUCGAUACAAUUGACUUGUGUUCUUCCGAUGAAGAGGAGGACAAUCAGAUUAGCUACCGGGCACCCAAUAUAUCGUACAUCAUAGACUAUUAGCAUACACUACUACAUAUGACUAUAUAUUGUAAUAAUAACCAUAUAAACGGUCAAAUCGGUGAACUCACUCAUCGGCGAAUCAUUAUCAUACUGUAUACUUUUGAUAUCCAAACGUAUGCCAUUAUUUAAACCAGAGUAAGAUUGUCAGUAUGUCAAACCUUAAAUGGCCAAUGCAUGAUGCAGAUUAUCCAAUGCGAGACGAUAAAAUCCACACCAGCAAUCCGGGAGGAAUAACGUCUGUAUAGGGGAUCUAUAUCACGCGGCCGUAAGAAUGUCAGUAUUUGAUACGAUUAGUAAAGUGCGUUCAAAGAUUGGACACCAUUGGCUGCAACGCCUAAAUGUUUGACAUACGCAUUGCAAUACAAACAACAUUCUUCAUACCUACAUACAUACAAAUAAUACCAAUCAAUUAUUUCCUUUUGUUUUCUUGUUAAAAAUGAACUCAUUUUCUGUUUUGUUUGAGAGAAUAACGAAUAUUUUUCUACCAGAACAACCAUUAAGACUAAUUUUCAUUAAUUUAUUUUGUAAUGUUAUAUCCUUAGCUGAAAAUAAAUACACAUGUAAACUUA